AUGGGAAGUUCACAGUCACCUUCAAACUGCAGGCCAGAAGUUGAAGAAAUUAUUCGUAGGCAUAAAUGCGUUGUGUUCAGUGCAACUUAUUGUCCUUAUUGUGAUAGGGCAAAAACAGUUUUGGGGAAAAUGAAAGUUUCUCCGCUUGUAAUUGAGCUGGAUCAACAUCCUAGAGGGAAGGACUAUAGGCAAGCUUUAAAAGAAAUAACCAAUCAGACUACUGUGCCUAAUAUUUUUAUAGGAGAAGCUCAUAUAGGUGGAUGCUCAGAUUUGAUUGCUGGAAUCAAAAAGGGGACUGUCCAGCAGCAUUUUAGCAGGGCUGGGGUAGAGUAUCAUGAUGUAGUUAACGAAAUUUAG